AUGACGACGGGGAAGUCACACGACUCAGGGGCAACACGCGUCUGUUGGCAGCGGAUGCUAACGAAUGAAUUUAGAGACAACCCUGAUGAGCGUCUCAAGCUGUACAGUUCCCUUGCCAAUAUCGCAUGUAAGAGGACAGAACAUCCCUCGGAUAGUUGGACAGCGGUAAUGUUAAAGGCAGCACAAGAUUCCUGGUCUCGUAUUCGCCAACUUGGGAGAGAAAACAUUCUUCGCGAGGUGAGCACUGAGGUGGGCGUGCCAAACAAAGACUACUCUAAGAGAGUUUUGAGUGUACUCCUUAGUAAAUGGCCUUGCUUGGAGUACUGGUAUGAGAGAGAAGGGUUUCUACUGCUACUUCUUGGAUUGUUGUCGACCAAGACGGAAGUGGUAUCCGACGUGAGAGUGUUGUCCCAGAUAUUGCUGCGAGUGGUGUUGCCAGCUCUGUUGGACCCUCAGGUUUCUUUACGCGAGGUGGCAGGGAAGCUGAUGGUUCAGAUUGCCGGGCUAAGCAGAGAACUUGCUGUCUUUAUACGAGACUACAUGUUGAAAAAACUUGAAAUGCCCCUUGAGGAAAAGAAGGAGUUUGUUACCUGUGAGGUUGAAGGCCUUCUUAGCGGUACUGCGAUGCUCAUGGCUCAAUUCCCGAGCAUAUUCCAUAGCGAGUGGUGGAAAAGAAUGCAACCCCUUUUUCAGCAACUCGCUAUUCAUUCUGCUGCUAGCGUUCGUCAACGAGUGGCAGGGUUGUGGGCGUCACGGUCUGUGGAAUCCUUUGAAGUGCUGUGCAUGGCGAUGGUGCGAAAAUCAGAAUCGCCGUCGGACGGCGAUGAAUGGUGGAGGAUGGUGGAAGUACUUCUCAUGGCACUGCAGGAGCAGUUGACACACUUGUUAACCCUUUCUAACAAGGCAGUAGCUGUGGGAGCGAAGGCAAACGGAAUUUUCAUUGCAGAUUCUCUUCACGCAUCUUUGCUGUUUGCUGAAAUGCCGCAGUUUGAGGUGGCGAGAAUGGGAAAACAGCUUGUGCCCCUCCUUACACAAUUUUGGGUCCGCUUUUCUUCUUCUCUUGCCUUUGUGGAGGAUUGUUGCGGUCCGAGGGCGAGGCGAUUCCGCAAAUGCGUCCAUUUUCCCAGUCUUUUUUUGCCAGAACUCAUUUGGUUUCUGGCACUUUGGCGUUAUGUGCACUCGCGUGAUGGUGUGGAAAAAGUGCGAAAAGCAGUAACAAGGCAUUUGAUGCCUCUCCUCAGUGGGAAAUGGGAUGUGUCGUUCAAUUCACAUGAAACUGAAAAGGGCUUCUCGCAGUCUGAAUACUCAUUAGCGGUGUUAAUGCUAUGCACUUAUUUCCCCGAUUGCUUUACAGAUUCGCUGGGCCGGGAUCUGAUAGAAUUUGCCUUGAGCGAGGAGGCGUGGAAGAGGGCGCUUUCAGGAGAUAUAGACUCGGCAAGAUACGGAGUUGAUUUCGCCCUUUCCGUGAGAAGUGUUGGCGGGACAGUGGCGCACCUCGUGCCGGUUUGGCUUCAAUGGCUCCCUGGCGCCUAUGCCCAUCAGCAAUGCUUGAUACUAGAAGCAGUAAAAAUUGCCAUUGGCUCGCCAAAGCAUUGGGUGUCACGCAGACCUUUUUAUUUUGUGUAUCGUUCGUCCUUUGACGCACCAACGAUACAGGACGGAGGGGAAGAUGUUUCGCGCGGAUUCUAUUGGCUCAAACUGUAUUGUCCAACCGUGGCCUCCUUGCCGGAAGUAGCAUGUUCUGCACUGGGCACUGAUCUUUCCGCAGGGGAAUUCCCGGUGGAGGUACAUGAAGUGGUGUAUGAAAGUGUUUACGUCUCGAAGGGAACGGAACACUCUGUAUUAAACAUCGUGCGAUCCCUCAUGCAAAUGGAGUGCGAGGCAACUCAUAAAGCGGAAUCCAUCGCAGUUGUCUCAGCGGCGGUUAUUGCUCGGCUUGAAAAUGUCUCUCCGAGCUGGCGCGAUGCAUUGUCAUUUUCUCUUGGCGGGAGUGGUGGUGCGUCUGACACCGUUGUUUGCAACACUGGUGACGGCAGUGACGGGAGGGGCGGUGAUUUCGAUGAUUGGGACGACUCGGAUAGCGGCUUCGAUGCCGAAGGCAUCGCGCUGGAAGUCGAGAUUAGAGAAGCCAGAAGCCUUUUGAUGGCCAUUCUUGAGAAUUGUUUUGGCGCGGAUGAAGCCAAUUUUCUGCGCGCCAUGAGACCCACGGAAAGAAAAGCGGUGAAGCUUCUGAUGGUAGAGGCCACCGGCGGCGGUAGUCGGGAGAAGAGGUAG